UUGAAAACCAAGCUGCCUUCUUAUAAUCUCCGCCAGCAUUAAAAGAUCAUUUACCCUACGCUAGACUUGACACUCUCUCGUUGGCCUUUGGCGAUUCCCGGUGGCGGACGCCGACCUACUUGGUGGCCCGUCCGGCCAGUAUUUCUCCGGCGACUAGGUUAUCAGGCGCAUAAACCCUAGACGGCGAGGAAUCGUCUCCCUGUUCGCGAUCGACGGCCCCCUGGACCUGAAACACUCGUCUCCUUGCAAUUAACCUUCUAUCAGGUCUCAGAGAAGCAAGGAUUGCCCUAUUUGUUCAAGGCAAGUUUUCUUGGAAGAUGCUGCCAGCCAAGAACUGCUGGCUGCAGUGGAGAAUGAAAGGAAUGCAAGGUCAAGGUGCAGUGUGUAAUUUGCCCCUGAAAUUCAUGAAAGCAACAAUCUGGAUGAGGUGGUAAGAUUUGGGCAAAUAAACUGCACCUUGUGUGACGACAAUAUCCCUCGGUUUCUUGCUGUCGGUGACUUCACGGCAACCUCCCAGGCUGGGAUAGAGUCUGCUACGUGACAGGCCUAAUCCAAAUCCUUAGUGAAGAUGACAUCCUUAGUGAGGACAUUGCCAGUAUUGUGACCAUUCCCAGUCCUAUCAUUCCUGCCUCCCAAGCCACGUCUUUUGAUUCUCGAUCAUUAUACAGAGUAGUCCUUAUAGUAAAAAAGUUUCUUUUUGUGUGUUACAUGAUUUGGGUGAGAGUCUAAGCUACUUUCUCUUUGGAGACGAGUAAGCCUUUUUAAUUCAUAUGGCUUUGACUUCACAUAGUACACACAUAUGUCUAAGCUACUUCCUCUUUGGAGACGAGUAAGCCUUUUUAAUUCAUAUGGCUUUGACUUCACAUAGUACACGCAUAUGUUGUAGGUGGUAUUUCAUGUAGCUGCUGUUGGGAGAUAUUUAAUUUUCUUUAAAAUCAAUUCCUUCAUCAUCUGCUUCCUUAACUACUUUUAAUUCACUUUUCUGUGAUGGUUGCUUAACACCUGGAUUGAUGGAUUGUAGUUUGAAUAUUAUAUUAUUGAUGGGUUGUUAUGAAUAUGUAUUAGUUAAUUAGGACAUAUUAUUAUCGAUUGAUGGAUUGUUAUGAAUGGUUAUUAGUUAAUUAUGAUAUAUUAUUAUUGAUUGAUGUAUUGAAUUGGUUGUUGUGGAUGAUUAAAUUAGAUCAUGCUGAAUAUUGUUUGCUCCUAGAAGCCUAUUUUUAUUUUUAAAUUUUUUUAAUACUAAGGCAUCUGUUCUUACACAACAAAGAACAAAUGCCUAUAGUAUAAAAUAUUAAAAAAAUUAAGAAUAGGAGUCUGUUUCUGAGAUAAACAGAGUCAAUUCAACUAUUCGACUCUUGUUCAUAGGCACCUGUUGUAAAACAAAUGUCUUGUUCAUUCUUUUCUGUUUCCCAAAAAGCCCUGCUAAUAUUUACUGAUGCUCUACUGCCUGCUUUGGUGCUAUAAUAAUAUCAAGAACUCUCAUUCUUGCCUUUGGCUAGAUAAUUUCUCUAGUCAGCACAAUUAGUAAAUCGAUUCUGGCAUGUUUUUUGUUCCACUUAUAUGCAUAUCAACCCUAUUUGACCGAUUAUUCUCCAAGUUGUUUGUUUAUAGUAUGGAUUGAGCAUCAGUGCAAGGCUUUCACCAUUAGUUUUCCAGCUUCUCAUUGCUGUUUUCCCUAUAUCCCACCCAAAUUAUUAAGGUAGUAUAUUGAUAAAUUUGCAUGUGUGGCCGUGCCUAACAUAUUAUUUGUCCUAGUUGAAGAAAAAGUAAGAUGCAUAUCGCAUUGCAUAUAUCAUAUAAUCUUUCUCCAUUUAGUGAUUUUCAAGUGUUCUUUUAUAUGUUUGAAGAUGCACUAAUACAUGAGGUGAGAAAAAAUUUUACUUUAGAUAACAAAUCUACAAUUAAGAUAAAAAAAAAAGAGUUCUAUAGUUUUUCCAUAUUGUUUAUUUAUCUUACAUUCAUUAUAAUUUGUGUAAGAAUGGAGUGAGUGAAUCGCAGUUCAACCAAGUGUUGAAUAUUGAGUUGGAACUGAUUAUUGAGGUUUGUCCUUGUAACUUGUUAUAACAUACAUUGUUUCUUGAUCCUUUUCAUUAACUGGUUAACAUCAAACAUAUGAUAUUGUUUGCAGGCUUGUAAAUUUCUUGAUGAUAUUCUUAGCUUUUUUUUUUGUGUGUAUGUGUGUGUGUGUGUGCUGGUUUCUCUUUUAUUGUUCAUCCCUGUAUUUAUUGAUGCUCUUUUGCCUACCUGGGGUGCUAAGCUAAUAUCAGUAACUAUUUCUCUAGUUUCUCUAGUCUGUCUGCACAACGUUGAGUAAAUCUACUAUUAUUUAUGUGCCACUUAUAUACAUAUUUCACCCUUGUUUGGCAGGUUGUUCCCCCGGUCUAUUUCUUAAUGGUAUGGGUUGAGCAUCGGUGUAAGAUUUUCGCCAAUAUUUAGCUUGCUCGUCAUUGUUGUUGGAUUGAGCAUCGGUGUCAUGCCUUAACGUAGGUGCUUGUGGUAAAAAGUUGCACCCUGACCCGGGCUGAACGGUGGCCGGGUAGGAAUUUUUCAAAUCCGUUGGCGGUUUGUCCAGGCUUGCUGUUGGCCCAUAGUAGCUAAUCCCGUUGGGGUGCUGGUUUGAACUGCUUUCUGGAUGUUACCGUUUGCUCGCCUGCGUGCCGUUAUAUUGUAGGCCUGUGUGCCAUUUCUGUUAUGAUAUUGAUGUUAGACUUUUAUUUUGUUGGUCAUGUUUAGUGGCCUGCAGCGUGACGCCUUGAAUCCGCAAAGUGGCCUGUAGGUCAUGAUGGAGGUCACGCCGACAUGACCUCCAUCGUGACCACACAGGCCACUUUCAGAUGGUGCUGGUCACGCUGCGGGUCACGACGUGACCUGCAGCGUGACACACACCAUCUGAAAGAUAACCAUGGUAUCACACUGCAGGUCACACCGUGACCUCCAGCGUGACACCCACCCGGGGGUGUUUUCUAGCUUCUCCUUUGCUCCAAUUCUCCGUUGAACUUGCUAUGGUUUUGACCCUUCAUUCUUGACCCAUUUUUGCCUUGAAUUCAUCCCAAUUCGUCUUCAUUUUACGCUUCCUUAUGCCUAGGUCCCGGUUCCGAAUGAUUGAGCUGUAAAUACUUGAAAUACCCUUCUGUCUUGCACAAACACAUAAUAUUCACUUAGAAAUUAGUACAAUUAAAGCAUAUUUAUAUGUUAAUUAACGGCUUCUCAACUGAACAUGAGUAGCUAUUAGGAGUGGUGCAAAAGGCUUGGAGUGAGAGGGUAGAGGGUAAUGCAAUGUAUGUAUUUAUGACAAAGUUGAAGAGAGUAAAAUUUGUGUUAAUUGAGUGGAACUGGGAACUUUUGGGGAUAUUUUUGAAAAAAUGAAAGAGUGAGGGGUGAGGGAGUUGGAGGAAAAGGUGCAGACAGAUCCAUCUGAUUCAAAUCUGCUGGAAUAUAAGAUGGCUUAGGCCAGAAUGCAAAGAUAGAUUGUGAUUCAAAGUAUUUCCACGGGUUGGUGAGGGAGAAGAAGGGAGCAGUUUAUACACAAAAUAAAAAAUGAUGAGGGAGUAUGGGUGGAGGAACAAGAACCAAUAUCUUCCUUAGGAGGUUAGUUUUGAUAACACUGUUUUCAAUUGUUUGCAGGGAAUGGUGACUGAAGAGGACAAUAAAAAGCUUAUGAAGGAACCCACCUUGGAGGAAAUCAAAGAAGCUGUUUUUAGCAUGAACCCCAAUAGUGCAGCAGGACCUGAUGGGUUUUGUGGGGGUUUCUACCAAUCCUGUUGGGAGAAAUUGUAAAUAUAGAGGAGGUAGGCCUGCAAUCUCAAGGGUAAUUUUUAGAGUGGCAAGAAGAAUUUCUGAGGCUGUUCAAAAGAAGUGGCUAGGCUGGGAUGCUUUCCCUCCAAAUUGGGUUUUUAUAAUGAAAAGGGUUGAAAGCUUUAGGUGCACCAGAAUUGUAAAAAGAAGUGCUUGGAAUAGGUCUGACAAAGGAUGGAUGAAGAUAAAUUGGACAGCAAAUGUUGAAAAAACAGAUUGUGGUUUCUUUAUUAGGAAUAGUAGGGGACACUUCUAUCUUGCUGGUGUUUACAGUUUGCAGCCUAGCAUUGAGUGGACAAAUUUGAUGAAUCAGAUGGUGCAAGACUGUGUAAACUGGUGUGAGAGGAAAUGUAUAUACCAGGUUGUUUUGGAAACUGAUUUGAGAAGAAAAUGGGAAAGGGGGACCCCUAUGGGAAGGGUUAAACUGAAAGUGGAAUACUGCAGUAAGGAGGUCAAUUGUAUGGCUAGAUGCAUUUUGAGGGGCUGCAGUGGUCAAAAUGUGGUUUUCAGGAGGCUGGAAGGUCUCCUUGGUGCUGUGCUUUUCAUGUUUUCAAGUGGGAGGGACUGCCCCACUUUGGUUUUAUCCCAGGGAAUGAUUAUGUAUAAUGUUAUCAUCCUGGCCAUGCUAAUGAUGGUUGGGUGCCUUGUGAGCUGGUGCUGGUCUGGAAUGUGUGUGAGGAGUGGUGUGAGUUUUGGGCUAUUCAGAGAGGAGAGCUUUGAGGUAAAAGAUGAGUGCUUUGUGUGGGAUCCUGGAGGUCUGCCCUUGCAGAUUAAGGGGGUCUGCUGUGUGCUAAUGAAUCAUCCAAUCUGCAGAAUGAAAAAAGAAAGGAGAAGAGUGAGUUUGAUUGAAAAGAAAAAGAGAGAUUGAAAAAGAGAGAGACUGAGAGAGGAAAAUGAGUGUUUAAGAGGAAAAACAAGGAGUUUUGAAAGAAUAGCGUGAGAAGAACUGACUUAUUUUUUGCAGGUAGGAAUGCUAAGGAAGGGCAGUAGCAGGAGGGGCUGGAAAUCAUCAUUUUUGGAGAACACUGCAUGAAGUGCAACUAAGGUUGGGCAGCAGCUUGAGCACAUGGUUUGGGCUAUUGCUCACUAUUCUUUAUUAUUUUUCAUAUGAUUUUGAUAUUUAGGAUUGAUGUUAGAAUGGAGAUCUGAAUAGGAGGGGAUGGGCCAAAGGUUGUUGGGGCUAUUUAAGCUGGAAUAUCAUUCUGGUUGUCCUCAUUAUAUGUAGGAAGAUAUCCAACUUAGCUCAUCUCUCUUGAUCUGAUUGCUUAUGAAUCUUGCAUGUGCACACACUGAUGUGGGAGUGUUCUUGGCUGUAUAAUGAAAUGUGGUGAAGGUGGAUGGAAAUAAAGGAGAAAAAUGGAGAAAGUGAAUGAUGUUGAAGUAAAGGGUGGGCUGAAUUGAGAAUGCCAUUGCUUAGGGUUAGGGACUGCUAAGGUUGCUUGUGAUAAUAUGCAGAGCUUUGUACACAAGUGAUUGGUCCUUAGCUCUAAGGGUGGUAGUGUGGAGGGAGUCAUUGCUUGAGGUAUAGGCCAUUAAUGCCCUCUAUGAUAAAUUGCAAAGCUCUGUACGUAAAAGGUUGGUCUGUGUCUCAAGGGUGAAGGAAGUGAGGGUCAUUGCUUAAGGUUGUAGGCUGUUAUGGUUGCUCUUGGUAAAAUGCAGAGUUCUGUACAAGGGUAACUGGCCUAUGACUUUAAAGGUGGUUGGGGAUGGUUAUUAAAAGAGAUAUAUGAUUGUUGAAGGAAAGGAGGAAAUGAAACGGGCUUUGAGAGCAUUGCUCCCACACUUUGGUGUGGGGCAGGAUCCAUUGUAUUGAUGAUUGUUAGGUGAAUGAGCUAGUGGAUAUCUUCUUGUAUAUGAUUAGGAGGGCCAUGAAGGAUAGAGGAUGCUUAUAUAGCACUUGAUAGUUUAGAUUACACCUUUGUAUAGUGGAGUUAGUAAUGGUCACUUUUGGGCCUUACUUGUAUAAAUGACAUUUUGGAUUGAUAUGAAAUGAGAGGAUAGUUUUAAAAAAAAA